AUGACAACAGAAACAAUUGGUACAGAGCCUAUAGACUUUUGGCUGCCGAUAUUGGCAGUAUUUGCUUGCAAUACGAUUUUAUUUUUCAUCGCCUAAUGUAUUAAAGACAACUCAAUUGUGGAUACUGCAUGGGGGUUAAUUUUCAUCGUUCCUAACUUGAUCAUCUUAUGCAUCAAGGGCAAUUGGAAUGAAAGAACAAUUUUAACAUUUGCUCUGAUAUCAAUCUGGGGAUUGAGACUAGCAGUUCAUAUAGGCAUCAGACAUCCUGGCAAGGAAGAUUUUAGAUACUAGGAUAUGAGGAAAGGAUGGGUAGAGAAAGGAUCUGGAUACUACUAUUUCGCUGCAUUCACUUUUGUAUUUAUGAUGCAGGCACUCUUCUCCUUGAUCAUCAACUCGUCUGCCUUGUUCAUUAGUAUUUGGAGUGGACCUGACUUUUUCCCUCUUGAUGUGGUAGGGGCAGUAGUCUGGCUCUUUGGUUUUGUAUUUGAGUUAACAGCUGAUUGGUAAUUGUAAUAGUUCAGGAACAACCCUAUCAAUCGCGGUAAACUUAUCAAGAAUGGACUUUGGCGAUACUCAAGGCAUCCAAAUUACUUUGGAGAAGCAGUUCUAUGGUGGGGCAUUUUCCUUAUUGCUUGCUCAGUAGAUUGGGGAUAUUUUACCUUCUUUUCUGCUCUCUUUAUCACCUUGCUGGUUAGAUUUGUUUCAGGAGUGCCUCUCCUUGAAAACAAGUAUAAAGAUAGACCAGAAUUCCAAAGAUAUAUGAAGGAGACUAAUAUUUUCGUGCCAUGGUUCGUUAGGAAAGUUCCUGAUGAUGUAGUUGCUACAGAGAGCAACAGACAGUAAUUUAUGAAUCCUUGA